CGUACGCUCACGUGGAUAUUCCUAUGUUCAAACGUCAUGGCUUGCAAAUCUUUACGUUGAACCCAGCAUUAACUGUAAAGUGCAACGUACACCUUGUUCGCUUUAUUAAAGAACAAAUCUUCUUGGAAUGAUAGUGUUUGUCAAAUUCUACUCCAGUCACUGCAUCCCAGUGGAGGUGGAUGCGGGUGCUACUGUCUUCCAGCUCAAGGAGGUGGUUGCUAGGCAACAAGGAGUUCCAGCUCAGCAGCUGCGUGUCAUUUUUGCUGGCAAAGAGCUACACAAUGACUCCACACUUCAGGAAUGUGAUCUUCCCCAGCAGAGCACGGUUCAUAUGGUGCUUUGUCCAAAAUCGAAACUCAGUCCAAGAACUGAGGAGGAUGUGACCACGGGGAGUAGCAGUCAUGCCCUGUCAUCAGCAUUAGAAGUGGAAGUGACCAGCCUCACACGGGUGGACUUGAACUCAUCGCUUGUUUCUAGUCACUCCUCUGGAUGUGCCGCCAUUGUGAACAAUCAGGAAGGAAGCAGUGCAGCAGGAGAAGCUAGUAAUGAUUCUGGACAAUCUAGUCGCUUUUAUAUUUAUUGCAAAUCACCGUGCAGGGCUGUGAAACCAGGAAAACUGAGAGUUCGAUGCAACAGAUGCAAGGAAGGAGCACUAACGUUGACAAGGGGUCCUUCUUGUUGGGAAGAUGUUCUUAUUCCAAAUAGGAUAUCUGGGCACUGCCUCUCAAAGGGCUGCAAUGGUGAUAUGGCUGAGUUUUACUUUAAGUGUGGAGCCCACUCAACAUCUGACCAAGACUCAUCAGCUGCGCUGAAUCUCAUUACUCCGAACCACAGGAACAUCCCCUGUAUAGCCUGCAGAGACACGCUGAGCCCCGUGUUGGUGUUCCAGUGCUCUGACCAACAUGUCAUUUGCCUCGACUGCUUCCAUGUGUACUGCGUGACAAAGCUGAAUGAUCGUCAGUUUGUGUAUGAUCCUCAGAUUGGCUAUUCUUUGCCAUGUGCUGCCAACUGCCCAAAUUCUCUGAUUAAAGAGCUUCAUCAUUUCCGAAGCCUGGGAGAAGAGCAGUAUGCACGUUACCAGCAGUAUGGAGCAGAGGAGUACGUGCUUCAGAUGGGAGGCGUCUUGUGUCCUAAACCAGGCUGCGGAGCGGGCCUUCUUCCAGACGCAGGAGAGAGGAGAAUUGAAUGUGAAAAAGGAAAUGGAAUCGGGUGUGGGCUUGUCUUCUGCCGAGAAUGUAAGGAGGAGUUCCACGAAGGUGACUGCACAGCUGUGAGUGGAAUAGAAAUGGGUGUUACUUCAAAGACAUACACGAUUAAUGAAGAAGCUGCCAGGCGUGCCAGAUGGGAGCAUGCUUCAUCUGAAACUAUCAAGAAUACUACUAAACCCUGCCCCAAGUGCCAGGUGCCAGUGGAAAAAAAUGGUGGUUGUAUGCACAUGACCUGCCCCAGACCGAAUUGCAAAUUUGAAUGGUGCUGGCACUGCAGCAUUGAGUGGAACCAGAAUUGUAGGGGAAUACACUGGUUUGACUGAACCUACUAAUGGAGGAACAACUGAAUUAGACACCCCCGAAUCUGAAGACUUUCUCUGCUGAAGCACACUGUGAUACAUCAUUUCAUUAAAAGUUAUAACAUGUUUGAAAGUACUUUUUCAUCUCUGCCUGUUGUUUUAAAAUAUUUAUAGACUCAAACACAGAGAAGCUAAUAGUGUGUUUGUCAAUCAAUAUUUGAUUGAUAUAGAAAGCAAUUCUCAUCUCAGUCCUGGAGACCCACUGUGACUUCCAUUUUUUGCUCCAACCAGUUUCACAAUCUGUGAGCCAUUUGACCUCUACCUGAUCUCAUUUAGUUAGCUGGUCUCUUUUUUUCCUUCUCUUAUUCUGCAUUCAGAAAAGCACAGUAGUAUGUUUCUUACAUUUAAAAGAGAUUUAGAUAUGUUUGUAUUUGUGCUAUAGCUUUAAAUAUCACCUUCUAAUGCUUAGUUCUCUUUUGUUGUUUUAUUACUAAUGUUCCAUUUUUUCUGUGUAGUUUGCUCCCUUAAUUAUAUCCUCAUAAUGACAUUUAUCAACCAACAGAGAAGACACCCUGGCAAAUGACACGGAAUACUGAAAGUCUGCAACUACUUCAAUGUCAGACCCACUAACAUAGUCACUAUUAUACAAUGAAUUAAAUAACCAGAACACAAGAAAAAUGAUAAUGAAAAUCAUGAUAAUCUUACAAUCCAAGUUAAAAAACACUAAUUAUCCCCAUGUAACAUGCAUGUAUGCUUGGUACAUUCUACAAGGCCCCAUUUCCAGAAAAGUUGGGAUAUUUUCUAAAAUGCAAUAAAAAUCUGUAAUUUGUUAAUCCUCUUGAACCUUUUUUAACUGACACAAGUACAAACAAAAGAUUUUCAGUGUUUUCACUAACUAACUUUAUUAUAUCUCUCUAUUAUAAAAGGAAAUCCUGAGACAAGACUUUUUCAAAGAGAUAAUUUCAAGUCCCGCGAGACGAGACUUUGGCCAUGAGAUUCUUUCAAGUCAUGCCCUCCUCUCAACCAUAUUCAACCACACACAUGGCCCUCUCACCUCUCAUUCAUGUGAAUGCUUUUGACAGACAGAGUUCCUGCUCUGUUAGCUCUUAUAAAUUUUUACGUUUUCCUCACUUUAAGUUCACAAUAAAAGAAGACUUAUUAUGUCCAAAUCUUAUUGAAGAAUUUCAUCGCGAAGGGUUAUCAACAGAAGAAAUGAGUACACGGGCAAUCCUAGCACCAAAAAACAAUGAAGUCAAAUGAAUUAACGUGAAAAUUGUCGAUUGGUUACAUGGCAAAUUGGUUAAAUGUGAAUCGAUAGAUUAUGCUGAAACAGUUGGUAGCGAUCGUGCGAAAGAUGAAAACAUCAGCUACAAUUUUCCGAAGAAUAUCUACACCCAUUAACAGUGUAUCGUCUUCCACCGCCCGAAUUACUAUUGAAAGAAGGAUGUAUCCAAGAAAGGAAAUGUAGUACAUCUCCCGCAGAUAACAUUAGACACCAAAGGAGAUCUUGAUAUGCCAUUCGUAUUAAAACGUUAAAAGUUUCCCGUUAGAAUAGCUUUUGCAAAGAUAAUUAACAAAUCACAGAGAUGCACAUUUGAAAAAGUCAGUUUAUUUAUUAGAGAGAAAGAAACAAAAUUCACUCAUGGGCAGUUAUACGUUGGCAUUGUCACGAUGUAAGUCCAAACACAGAAUCAAAAUUCAAUGCGAUAUUGACAAAAAUUUAAUUCAAAAAAUAGUUUUUACUGAAGUUUUACAGUAAAAGUGUAAGUUUAAAAAGUAUUUGCUUGUUAAUUUCAAAUCCAAACAGAAUGAAAUUGUAUAACGCAACGAAUAACACUAACGCAACAUGAAACAUAAUUUACUUUCAAAUUAUUAUGUUUUACUAUUCUUUAACAUGGUUAAUUACUCACUGUAAUGUAAAAUAGUUAGUUGUAUUAUGUAUAUGUAAUAAUUCCCAUGAAAAUAACAGUCUGUUAAAAUUGUACAUCCACAUCCCCAUACGCGAACGUCUGAACCGCAAAGUGGCAAUGUGUAGAGCCAGCCCGGGGGUUGGCAAGUGAAGCGAGCAGGGGGCAAAGCCCCCUAGUUUUGUAAAUAAAAAUAUAUUUAGACUUUGAUUCCUGCAAAACACUCAAAAAAAUUUGGGACAGAGGCAUGUUUACCCCUGUGUUACAUUAUAUUCCAUUUUAAUUACACCUUUUAAUCAUUUGGAAACUGAGGAUAACUGAUUAUUACAGUUUUGCAAGUGGAAUUUUUGUCCAUUCCUGCUUGAUAUAAGACUUCAACUGCUCAACAGUCCAUGGUCACCAUUGUCUGAUUCUCCUCUUCAUGAUGUGACAUACAUUGGAGACAGACCUGGACUUCUGGCAGGCCAGUCAAGCACAAGCACUCUGUGUCUACAAAGUCCACGCUGUUCUAGCACAGGCAGAAUGAGUCCUGACAUUGUCCUGCUGAAAUCAUUUUUAACUUCCCAGGAAAAUACAUUGCCAUGAUGGCAGCAUUGGUCUCUCUAAAAUCUCAGUAUAUGUCUCCGUGUUAACGGUACAAACAUUUGUAAAUCACCCAUGCCAUGGGUGCUGGCUUUAGCACCUUUUGCUGAUAACAGUUUGGAUGGUAUUUUUUGUGUUUGACAUGGAGAAGUUGAUGUCCGUUUUUUCCUGAAAAAAGACAAAACAUGGACUAAUCUGACCACAGCACAUAUUCCAGUCCAUCUGAGAUGAGCUCAAGCCCUUAGAACUUUGUGGCAUUUCUGCACAGAAUUGAUGUAUGGCCUCCCCUUCCUCCUUGUGUAACAAGAGUUUCAUAUUGCACUUCUGGAUGCAGCAGAGGACUAUGGUAAGUGUCAACAGUUUUCCAAUUCCACCUGAGGGCUCAAAGGUUAUAUACAUUAAACCGUUGUUUCCAGCCUUGCCUUUUAUGCUGUGAGAUUUCCUCGGAUUCCCUUAUUCUUUUUGCAAUACAGUAUUAUAUACUGUAGAUAGUGAAAGACCUAAAUUCUCCAAUCUUGCUUUAAGAAAUGUUCUUUUUGAACUGAUUGACAACUCUCUCACAAAGAUUGGCACAAAGUGAUGAGCCUCAACCCAUCCCUGCAUGCAAAGACUUAAGCCUUUGGUGGAUGCUCCCUUAAUACCAAAUCCUGACAUUGUGGAAUCUUCCAAAAUGAUGUUAAUUGAAUUUUCUAUGAACUUUUUUAGUAUUAUUUUGCCUCUGUCACAGCUUUUUUUGAAUGCACUGCAGGUAUCAAAUUCAAAAUUUUUUUUUAUUUGGUCAAUGAAAACACCGGAAAUCUUUUCUUUAUACUUUUGUCAAGUUAAAGAAAGGUUCAAGAGAAUUAAUAAAUCACAAUUUUUUUAUGUUUAUUUCAUUUUAGAAAAUAUCCCAGUUUUUCUGGAAAUGGGUUUAGUAGUAAAACAAUAGUUAGUUUUGUAGUUUCUAUAUUGACCCUAAAACACUGUGAAAUAAUAUAGCUUGUUUAAUAAAGGCUAGGAGUCCAACUAAAAUUAGAAAUUGGUUGGAAUAAAAAACUGCUGCCAAAUGGGGUCUCCAGAAUCGAGUUUGAGAACCACUGAAAUAGGACAAUGUGAAAAUUUGUGAUGAUGAAAAAGAAAACAAAUGGACAAUUAUUCACAAAUUGAUAAUGAUAAAUGGCUUGGACCCAGGCCACCAUCCAUUUUUCAACUAACUAACUUAACUCUGGAACACUAGGAAUUGAUGUCUGUUCCAGUAGUGGGCAAAAGUCAAAAGCCAAACCUGAAUGUUGUACCAGUCCAUAUUGGGAUUUAUAGAACAAAGCAAAAUUGACAUUCAGAAAUACUAAGUAAUUAAUACAGGCAAACCAAGUACUGAGAGAUGACAGGAGGAGUGUGGAAGUCUGCAGAUUUAUAUGGCAAGUAUCACAAAGAGCUACAAAGGUCAAACACACCCACAGUAUAACAUUAGAAGGGAACAUUGGCACACUAGCAGGCAAAAAAAAAAACUAUACAGUUUGGGUAGCUUAGCACAUGCAAGAAAGAAUUUCACUGUACUCUGUACAUGUGACUAUAAUGACGAAAUAAACCUAUAAGCCUAUACAGUGCAGUUAUGACAGCACUAUCACACACUGUUUGGCAGAGGCUGUGGAAACUCAAAAUAAGGGACAGCAAUUAAAAAGGUAAAUGGUACAGGUGAUCUUCACUCUAGAUAUACAUGUUGCAAAUUGUAGGAAAAAUCCCUUGUUGCAUCCCUGAAAUCAGAAAAGAGCUACAGUAUAUAUAAACUAGUUUACUAAAAUAUUGUGAUUUAUUAAUCAACAUAAGGAGGGACAACACAAUGGAAGAUCUCAGUAUUAAACCAAAGGGACUAAAAAAUAAACUGCUGGCACCUCUGGUCCUGACUGCCAGGUAAUAUUCUCUGUCUCACUGCCUAUGAACACUUUCCCACCUUAACUCAAAUUAAUAUGCUAUUUUUCUUCCCAUCAGCAACUUUUUUUGAACCAUAGCUGACCUCUCUACCUGCAACAAGAUGAACUUUUGUGCAGCUCUAGUUCCAAAUCUGAGCUCAGCAGCCUUCUGGUCAAAAGCUUCUUUUAUUCCUUAGCCCAUAAGUAACUUUAGGUAGUUCCCUCACUUCUGGGUCAUGAGCUAGCCUUGAAUGACACCAGGUCAGGGCAGCCUCAAUUGGUACAUGUUGUCCAUGCAAGCCCAAAUGAGUCUUUCCACAAUAUUCACCCUGGUCCCCAGCAUAACUUAAGGUUCCUUGCUGACCCCUCACAAUGGCUUGCCGGAUGGAGCCUCACAAACCGAACCUAAAAGAAAGUUCAAGAUAUACUGUGUGAGUUCUGCAUAUUUGUGUAAAUCUACAUAUGUUGGCAAUUUAAAAAAAAAUCUCUUUGUAGGUGGCCCAGGUGUUCUGCAAUGGACUGGGCUAAUCAGAAAGGAAUGUAACUUUUUCCAAACAGCCUAGGCACAUUGCAAUGGCAUUAGUGGUCUAACUGUCAUUUAGGCUAGCCCAACCUAUUGCAAAACACGUGGGCUAACUGCAAUGAAACAGAUUUUUUUGUUUUACUACAACGUAUAAGUACUCACACAGUUUUUGUGUGCAUAUUAAUUAGAUUACACAGUAAUAUAUUUAACAUGCCAUACUUGAUAUGAAUAUAAACAUUGGGGGGAAAUAAAAUGGGAAAUAUUUAUUGAUUACAGUAGAAUAUUAACAUAUUUUAAAGAAUAUCCAUGUCAUGCUAACAGGAUGAAAUGAAAUAUCAGAUAUACUAUACCUGUGCUCUGUUGAUGAAAUAUGAACAAUGCAAAGCAAAAAACGUAAUUGUUAUACAUCAGAGAGCAUGGCAAAGCUUGCUUAUUCCAAAAAAUUAAUGGACCAUUGUGGAUAGUCUUCUUAUUUAAUGUUAGCCCUGAAACUCACAACUUCUACUAUUAGCACUACACUCUACUACCCUACAUGUCAUUUCAUAAUUCCUUUAACAGUUUAGUAAUGCAGCUGGCAGCACCAGAAGUUUUGCUGAGGUAGUUGGGUUGCUUUGUAUAAAUAAUUAUAAAUUGUUGGUUCAUCUGGAUGAUUUCAGAGCCAAAGUAUUAUUAUAUUUUAGUGUAAUUGUAUCUUGAUCUACACAUUUGUUUAACGUGCCAGACCUCCACUAAUGCCACUAGAUGGCACCAUAUCCAAAGAGCGCUCAUUGUGAUAUGAACAGUUGUUGCAAUUUUAGAUUUUUAAGGAACUCCGUGAAGUCGACAUCUCAGUGGUUUCCCACCCCAAGCCUAAUGUAUACCAGUCAACUGAAUAGACUUGAGGGGAGCAGGGCCCUGUCUUGGCUGUACAGACACAAGGCAGAAGCGAGCCCAGGACAGAACACAAGCCUGUGCCAGGGAACACUUUUCCCAGAGUCAUAAUGGAGAAAUUUGCAGGUAAUAAAUAUCGUUUAUACAGCACACACAAUAACAUAGUCGUCUUUACUGUAUAUAAAUAUAAAAACAUUCAUCAAAACAGAGGAAGUUGAAAUAAAUGCUAUAAUAAUAAACAUCAAAACUAUUAAAACAUAAAGAGAACAUAAAAAGCCUUGGAUAAAAGUUAAUGGAGGAGACUUUAAAAUUUCUUUUGCAAACACCCAGGGAUGCUGAGGCCUGUGUAAACCAUAGAAGACUGCUCCAUGAGCAUGCACAAAUAGAACAAAAUUUGCUUAUAGGGUGCAGUUUUGCUUGUGUAACAACCAAAAAAGUGUGUGUAAGGUGAGAAGAUCCUGGGGAUACAGUAAAAGGGAACAGAUGCAGUAACACAUUUACCUGUAUAAAUAAGAAAGAGAAACUAAAAGUGAAUCCACACCUUAGUAAGCAACCAUGAAGGAUGAGUUAAUAAAACUGAAGUUAUAUGGAUAUUUUUAAAAUGUAUUUCAAGUACACACACAGUGUUUUCAGCAUACUAGUAUUUCUGCAGGUUUUAAAAGGCAGGUAAGCAAACAAAGAAUUGCAACGGGUUUUUUUUGGCAUCAUGCAUAGAUACAUGCAAUUUAAUUUUAACUAACUUCUUUAAAUGAUUAAAAGAAGUUUUGCAAUCCACAGCAAGACUUUGAAAUGAAAAUGCAGGGUCAAUUAUAAGUCCAAGGACUGUAAUGAAAGGAGGGGAGUGCCUCAUUAACCUCACCUAAACAUCUUUGGGAUGUGGUUGAAAAAGCAGUGAACCAGGAGCAAACCCAUGCAGAAAAGGGGAAAACAUGCAAUCACUGCACAAAGACAUUAACCAGGUUACAAUUUGAACCCUGACUCUUGCAGCUUUAAGUUAGCAACACAAUGGAUUAGACUACUGAUCCUCCAAAUCACAGUUACAGUAUAUUAUUAUUUGAAUUUAACUCAAUUCAGGUUAGUUUUGUACAGCAGUCUUCACUGAGGCCAGGAACAGAGUAUUGUGUCAAGUUCUCAGGUGAAAUGGCAAGUAUAAAGUAUACAGUCCAUAAACUCAUGGAUUUGUUUAAACACACAGGAAAAAAGUAAUUUGAAACUGAUUAACAUAAAUGAAGUCCAACACUAUCUGUCCAUUAGUUCAUUGCUUAAUUAUCACAACAUACCGGGGCCGUAUUCAUGGUUGAUUCCCAUUUUGCACAGCUCCCUAAAACCUUUAAAUAGAUAAACAGCUUGGAAAAUGGAUGGAUGGAUUGUAACUACAGUACAGAAGUUAACAGUACUAUUAUAUCUAUAGCAUCUCAGUAUAAUAUACUGGAGUCAAGAUAAUAUUGGAGAGCUAACAGUAAUGUGGAUUAAAAUAUCAAAACUGGAAAAAUAUUGUACUUCUGUAUCAAGUUCACUCAUAUUUUGAAGCUCUAGGAUAUAGCAUGCCACAAUGUCCUGUUAGAAAUUGUGAUAUUGAACAUUUGUCAUGAAUAAAGUUUUAAUCAGACA